AUGUCAAGUGGUCUAGAAUUGACGAUCACAGCAUAUACCACCACAAGCACUAUCCAAGCCCCAGCCGGCUUCACCCCUGCUAAGGGCCCUGACUGGCGGCCCAAGAUCAAAGCCCGAGACAGCCUCAACACCCUCAAAGAGAGGGCUGCAGUCGAACUUUUCCCAGCUGGACUUCAGUCAAACCCUGAGUAUGUUCAACGCGUCGACUGUACAAAGAAGGUCCCAAGUACGUCCAUAAAGGUCACGACCAUCACGGUGAAGGGAACCCGCGUUACCGCAAGCCCAAAGACCAAGACCAAAGUUAUCACAUCGUCUACGACUACUGAACUGCAUGUCAAGCUUGGGCCAACAGUCGUUACCGUUUGCAGUGUUGCUCUCAGAUACUUGAAACACAAGGCUAUGAGCAAAAGGUUGUCAUUGGUCUUUGAUAGCUCGUUGUCAGCCUGGGCGCUUAAUCUUCAAGUACAGACGCUCAAGACUAAAGCCAAGAUUAUGGCUCACUCUGCCUCAGGCUCUGAGCCUAUUUCCACUCAGCAACACGCUCUGAAAACACCUCCCAGCAACAAGCCAUCGGCGUAUGUGUUUGACUCAAAUGGCGAUACUCGCAUCAUUCUUAGCACAUACAUGGCCCAGAGCUUCAAGUGGGAAGCAGACAAAAUCUGGAUUGAGCAAGAAAAGCCUACAAAGGCGUACUAUAGAAAGAAGAGCGAGGAAGUAAAUAACGAAUGUAGUAAGGCACCUCUCUCGGACCUUAUUCAUGCACCUUAUACUCCUCCGGAAUCUUCAGAUGGCGACGAAACAGAUGGCGACGAAGCAGAUGGUAACGAAGCAGAUGACAACGAAGCAGAUGGCAACGAAGCAGAUGGCAACAAAGCAGAUUUGGGAUUUGAUGACCCUCCCGCAAGCCCUGAUUUAACAAGCCUUCAAGUACAAGACUGGGACUAUGGAGAGACAUGUCAACUUCCCCUUGAGAAGAUAGAUAUUCGAAUGCUAGUCUCAGGAAAGCACUUGGAGCUAGCUUCACCUAUCUUCAAAACAAUGCUCACAGGUCCUUUCAUAGAGGGGAACGCUGAUUCAUCAGGUGUACGCCGGAUAACAGCAAGCGACUGGGAUCCCCAAGCUUUCUAUAUCGUACUGAGUAUCAUGCAUGGAUAUCAUCGAGACGUCCCGAGAUCAAUCAGCUUUGACCUACUUGUCAAGGUAGCUAUGAUUGCCAACUACUAUGACUGUCUUGAGAGCGUUGAGGUAUAUACAGACAUGUGGCUAAAAACCUUUGAGUCAGAGUUGCCUGAAGUUUAUGGGCGAGACUGUAUUCUUUAUCUCUUUCUAUCCUGGGUUUUCUCGAGACCAAUUAUGUUCCAAAGGAUGACCCAACUAGCAUUAAGACACAGCCAGAAGGUAAUCGAAGCUGAGGAUUUCCCACUUCCAGCCGAUAUCAUUGAAGCGAUCGAUAUAUCACGUCAAAGCGCUCUCGCUGAAAUCUUCUCGGCAGUCUACGCGCUUUUUGAUCUACUGCAAGGAGACGAAGAGUGUUACUUUGAGUGCUCAUCCAUGCUCUUGGGAGUCCUGACGAAGGAACUCGGAAUUCGUGGGAUUCUCUAUCCGCGGAACGCCCCACCAUUCAAUGGUUUCAGUAUUGAAGGUUCUCAAGAAAUGAUAUGGGAGUUGAGAAAGCCUACUUGGCACAGGGGCCCGAACUGGCUCAGUCAUUCCUGUUGUAUUCAGGACAGGCUAUCUAUGUCUCUAGCAAAGGUGGAAAGCAAUCUUCAUGUCUUUAACCUACAGGACUUCCAGUCUGUGAAGAAUCACGAUGGAUAA